GUCAGUCCUAAAAAUAACAGACCGACAGGCAGUCCUCCCCAGUGACUUAGCAAACAUUUGCCAUGUUGCCCGCUCCAUGUUGAUCUAAGCCCCGGUAACCAUACGUGUUUUAAUCGAAGGAUGAACCCUCCUUUCCACUGGGUCCACGUUGGGUAACCGCUGACGCGCGGAUAGAAGAGUUCCCGUUUGCACUUUGGAAUAGGACUGAUCAUGGUGCGCAAUGUGGAUGAUCUGGACUACUGCCUGUCCUCCCAUCCUCAGAGCAUCCUGGAAGGCUUGCGUUCGCUCUGUUCACAACCCAAACUUGUGGACGUGACGCUGAGCGCCGGGGGAAGGGACUUCCCCUGCCACCGAGGGGUUCUGGCCCUCUGCAGCAUGUACUUCCGCUCUAUGUUCUCAGGGGACUUCGUGGAGAGCAUAGCUGCUCGCGUGGAGCUUCAGGACGUGGAUCCUGACAUCCUCGGCUGCUUGCUUGACUUUGCCUACACGGGCAAGCUGACAAUAAACCAGAGCAACGUGGAGGGCUUGAUCUGUACCUCCAGCCAACUGCAGUUUCAGACGGUGCGGGCCGUGUGCAGCCGAUACCUGCAGCAUCAGAUCGAUGCGAGCAACUGCCUGGGAAUCCUGGAGUUCGGAGAGAUCCACGGCUGCCCUGAGGUGGUCGCCAAAGCGUGGGCCUUCCUCCUCGAGAACUUUGAGGCUGUACAACAGGGCGAGGAGUUUCUGCUUUCGGGAAAACCUCGGCUGACGGCUUGCUUGUCCGACGAAGGACUGAAAAUCCGCUCGGAGAGCACACGUGUGGAGGCGAUCCUCAAAUGGGUCGGGCAUCAAAAAGAGUCUCGACUGUGCCACCUUCCUGAACUCUUGGGCUUGUCCCGUCUGUCUCUGCUCAGCCUGAACUACCUGACUGACACCCUGCUGAAGGACAGUUUGGUCCAGGCCUCUCCUGGCUGCAGGGAGGCCAUCGAAGAAGUUUGCAGAGAGAAGCAAGAUUUGACACCUGAAUAUUCUGAAAGAUUAAGCUCUCACAGUCCACAACUAAACUUGCAAGAAGUGCUGUUUGUGAUGGGAGGACGAUCGCUUGAUGAUGAGGAAGAUGAUGACUCAGACGAGGACGAAGACACAGACCCAAGACUUGAAAGACUGCCCUCCAAGAACUGUGCCUUCUACAACACAACGACAAAAAAGUGGCACGAGCUGCCUAACUUUCCAAAUCCCAACAAGUGGGGUUAUGCUAUGGUGUCCCUUAACAAUGACGUUUAUGUUACAGGGGGCUCACGAGGUUCAAACACCAACUCCUGGUCGACCACAGAGACCUGGAAGUACAUCACAAGAGAGGGAAGAUGGGUUACCGUGGCACCAAUGCUCCGGCCCCGGACUAACCACACAUCGGCAACACUUAAUGGCGAGCUUUAUGUAAUUGGAGGUACAACAUCGGCUACGGUUGAGGUUGAGCAUUACGACCCCUACAGUGACACCUGGACCUUGACGUGUCCUGCUUUAAAAUACGUGACUAACUUUACGGCCACCGCUUGUUUUGGAAAGCUGUAUGUGAUCGGAUCGUGUGCAGUGAAGUACAACGCACUGACCAUGCAGUGUUACAACCCUGUCAUAGAUGCCUGGAUCAGUAUAGGGUCACCAUUCAUCCCGAAGUAUUUGUCCGCUCCUCGUUCGGUCUGUGUGGAUGGGAUUAUAUACCUGGUGGCUGACAACACAAAGAAAGUCUACUCGUAUGAUCCUGAGGCAAACAUGUGGCAAAAGGUCCAGCUUCUUCACAUGCUCCAUGAGAACGGUGGCCUGGUAUCCCUGGAUGGGAGGCUGUAUGUCACGGGCGGCCACUGGAAAGGAAUGGAGGGGGACUAUGGGGUGGAGGUGGAGGUUUACAACCGAACAUCCAACACCUGGGAUCUGGAAUGUUUUCUCCCAAGACUUUGGUUUUACAGUGGAGUAUGCACUAUAUUCCUCGACCCAUCCCAGUGGCCUGAGCUUCCGCCCAUAGAGUAGACUCCAAUGCCUUGGAGGCCUGAAUUGUUUCACUUUUGGAGUCAGCGAUUUCACACAGACAUAUGACAUAUGCCUCCUACAGUAUGACUAUUGUUGGAGGACAUAAUAUUAUGUCAAUCCCAGGAUGUCAUUUGUGCCAAGAAUAGUGUGUUACAUGAUGCCCGGGUAUUCUUAAUGCAUUAAGACAUGCUGAGGGCUCAACAGGUGUUCAUCCAAUUGUGUCAUGUUUUUCAGAGCUGAACUCUUGAUUUAUGGGUGCUAGUGAAUCAUCAAAUCUUUGCCUAAAUUGCUUCCAGGCAACUCCGAUGUUUAUUAAUUAUCAUGACUCGUAUUUGUUGCUUCAAAUGAACAGUUCUACAAUUAAAAGGCAUUAAUGAAGAAAUGUU